UGUUGCUAUUGUAACUUUGAAGGUGGUCAUAUAAAUCCGGCUGUGACGGUGGGACUGUUCUUAGCUAGAAAAGUGUCAUUGGUGCGGACAGUGUUAUACAUUGUCGCUCAGUGCCUUGGUGCCAUCUGCGGUUGCGGUCUUGUCAAAGCAUUCCAAAGUUCUUACUACACCAGAUAUGGAGGUGGAGCCAACGAGCUUGCUGACGGCUACAACAAAGGUACCGGACUCGGUGCCGAGAUCAUCGGAACAUUUGUCCUUGUCUACACCGUUUUCUCGGCCACCGAUCCCAAGCGAAGUGCACGUGACUCUCACAUUCCAGUUUUGGCGCCACUUCCCAUUGGUUUUGCUGUCUUCAUGGUUCACUUAGCCACCAUUCCCAUCACCGGAACCGGAAUCAACCCGGCCCGUAGCUUCGGAGCCGCAGUUAUCUACAACCAAGAAAAGGCCUGGGACGACCAAUGGAUAUUCUGGGUGGGACCGAUGAUCGGAGCAGCAGCUGCUGCGUUAUACCAUCAGUUUGUUCUAAGAGCAGCUGGGAUUAAAUCUCUUGGCUCCUUUAGGAGCUCUGCUUAAUUUAAUUUGUUUGAAUUAAGCCACAAGUUAAUCUUAAAUCAAAAUGAUGAUUACAACUAUUAAGCGGAAGCUACAUGUAUCUUUUUUUUAAAUUAUAUGAUCUGGUUAUUAAAUUUCAAGGAAUUUCCCAUUGGUUGUGAAUGUGGUUUUAAUUAAUGUUGCUUUAAGAGAAAUCUCUUCGCUUUUUUUUUA